AUGGGACCGGUUCGGGAGUCAUUGUCGACAGUCAUACCAAUGACUGUGGUAUAUGUGUUGAUACUAUUGACAGGAGUGGUGGGCAAUGUAUGUACUUGUGUGGUGAUUGCCAACAACAAGUAUAUGCACACCGCAACCAAUUACUAUUUGUUUAGUUUAGCCGUUUCUGAUCUAUUGCUUCUACUUCUGGGACUUCCGCAAGAAUUGUAUCUUUUGUGGCAAAAAUAUCCGUAUAUUUUUGGAGAAAGCGUUUGUAUAUUAAGAGGACUGACAUCUGAGAUCUCGACCAAUGCCUCAAUACUGACCAUAACUGCAUUCACUGUUGAAAGAUAUGUAGCGAUAUGUCAUCCAUUGAAAGCCCACACAAUGUCUCAAUUGCCGCGAGCUAUCAAAACAAUAUUAUUGAUUUGGGCUUUCAGUGCAAUUUGUGCCGUACCUAUUGCUUAUCAGAUGGACAUCAUUUACAAUGUGUCGCCAACGGGGGUUAGGUUGGAGGAGACGGCACAAUGCGCUAUAGAGAAGAUGAUAUAUCCGUAUGUGUUUGAAAUCGCAACACUCGUACUAUUUGUUAUCCCAAUCAGUCUAAUAACGGUUCUCUACGUCUUCAUUGGUAUUCAAUUGAGAAGAAGUUCCCAUCAGGUGAGCAGCGGAUCCAAAGAGUUGUCAUCGCCGGACACAACAACAACAACCAAUUCUUCUGUAUUUGACUACAAUCGCCACAACUCGACAACGAGUGCACAGCAAAGACAGAAUGCUUCGCGUCGGUCGGUCGUCAAGAUGUUGGUGGCAGUCGUUAUUUCUUUCUUUUUCUGUUACUCUCCAUUUCACGCCCAAAGAGUUUUGGCCACAAUAUUGAUGAGGAAUAGUAUGUUAACACCAUUUCUGAUGAACGUCUUCUCAAUAUUGACACACAUAUCUGGUGUCACAUAUUAUUUGAGUUCAACCAUAAACCCGAUCCUCUAUCAGGUUAUGUCUCGUAAGUUUCGGAUCGCAUUGAAGGACACGUUUGGUCGGUGUAUGCCCUGUAUGUCAGGGGACAGACUGCUUGAAAUGAGUUACUCGACUAUUAUAGCCGGAACACCCAAUUGCUCGAAACUGUACUAUCGGUCACAAAAGGCACACAUGAAUGGCACGACAAGAAAGUCGAGACACACCAGCUUUUAUGACAGUCCUGUCAAUAGUCUCAACAAAAUUCCGCGAAGAAGUGACUCCCUGUCCCCUAACGACUCAAUCACUACUAAAAGAUAUUUUUAA